AUGGCGUUCAAUGGAAAAUACAAACUGCAGAGCCAGGAAAACUUUGUGCCUUUUAUGAAAGCUCUUGGUAUCCCUAAUGACCUGAUCGAGAAAGGGAGACACGUCAAGAGUGUUACUGAAAUUGUCCAAACUGGAGACCACUUCAAGGCCACUGAAACCAAGGGCAGUGAAACGAUUGUUAAUGAGUUUACCAUUGGAGAGGAGAUGGAAGUCCCGGGUCCCACUGGGGAAUUGAUUAAGGGUUUAGUCAACGCUGUGGGGAACAAGAAACUUCUUGCCAAGAUGCAAAACAUUACUGCGGUCAUAGAGAUAAUCGGAGACCAAUUGGUUAUUAUAAUGACCGUUGGGGACGUUGCUUUCAAGAGAAUCAGUAAGAGGGUUAGUUGAAGGAUGCAGAGGACCGUGUGCUACCC